GGCAUGGAGGCAGUCAGGUGUUUCCAGUGGAUGUCAGAGUUCCCCAGUAUGGAGCCAGUGUCUGAGUGUUUCAUGUUUCUUACAGUUUCUCUUUCACCGUGAGGAGGAGGAGGAGGAGGAGGCGCUUCUCCCGUGGUCACCGCAGCACAGCCGCUUCCACGAUGGUGAAGCUGAAAACUUGACGAAGGAAACUUUCUGAACUCGGAGCUGGAAGUCUUCUGUCCCCGAACUCCACACAAGAAGAGACACAGACACACUAUGGCUGACCCCACAUCAGCGUCGGUGUGGGCUUUAACUUUCAGCUUUUACUUCGGCGUGUGCACGUGUUAUCUGUCCAUACCGCUGAAGAUUUACCCGGGGAGGAUCGACGUCUCCCCGGCUGUGGAUGUGACCGCUGCCCGGCGGGUGGCAUUAAUAGCCGCCGAUGGGACCGGCCUGUCUCUGGCCUCUGAUCCCACCGGAACUGUCAACUUUCUGGACAUGGCUCAGAACUUGCAGGGGGACUCUGGAAGAGGUUACUACAUCGAGAUGUCCAUUGGCACGCCCGGUCAGACGCUCAACAUCCUGGUGGAUACAGGAAGCAGUAACUUCGCCGUGGCUGCGGCUCCACACCCGUUCAUUACUCACUACUUCAACACUGCACUCUCCAGUACCUAUGAGUCAGUCGGUCGGAUGGUUGCCGUCAGGUACACCCAGGGUAACUGGGAAGGGGAACUGGGCAUUGACCGGGUCUCCAUCCCCAAAGGGCCAAACGGGACCAUCAUCAUCAACAUUGCCGCCAUCCUGUCAUCUGAGGGCUUCUUUCUUCCUGGGGUCAACUGGCAGGGCAUCCUGGGGCUGGCCUAUCCCAUGCUGGCACGGCCCGACUCAUCCGUGGAGCCCUUCUUCAACUCUGUGGUGCAGCAGCUGGGCAUCCCUGACAUCUUCUCCCUCCAGAUGUGCGGUGGUGGCCUGUCAGCCAGCAGCGCGGAGGACCCACCGGGCGGCAGUCUGAUCCUGGGAGGAGCCGAGCCAACUCUGUACCGAGGGUCGGUGUGGUACACCCCCAUCGUAGAGGAGUGGUACUACCAGGUGGAGGUGUUGAAGCUGGAGGUUGGUGAUCAGAAUCUGAACCUGGACUGCAGAGAGUAUAACAUGGAUAAAGCUAUAGUUGACAGCGGGACGACGCUGCUGCGACUUCCUGUCAACGUCUUCAAUGCGGUGGUAGAGGCCGUCAUACACAGCUCGCUGAUCCAGGAUUUUUCUUCAGGGUUCUGGGAGGGCACCAAGCUUGCAUGCUGGUUGAAGGGAGAGACCCCCUGGAGAUUCUUCCCCAAGCUGUCCAUCUAUCUGAGAGCCACAAACACCAGCCAGACGUUCCGUAUCACCAUUCUGCCUCAGCUUUACAUUCAACCCGUCACCGAUCUGGACGGCACACUGGACUGCUUCCGUUUCGGAGUGUCAUCUUCAACUAACGGCCUUGUGAUCGGCGCCACUGUCAUGGAAGGCUUCUUCGUGGUGUUCGACCGAGCCCAGCGGAGACUGGGCUUUGCUCUCAGCAACUGUGCAGUGAGCGGCGGCGUGGCCCUGUCGGAGAUCGCUGGGCCCUUCUCUGCAGCCGACGUGGCGGCCAACUGCUCCAGCGGCUCGCUGAAGGAACCCCUCCUCUGGGUCAUCUCCUACGCCCUGAUGGCGGUGUGCGCCUUGGUCCUCAUCAUCCUGCUGCUGCUGCUCGUGCUGCCCUGUCGGUGCAGGGACCGCUCCGGGGAGAUCACGGACGAGUCGUCGCUGGUCCGCCACCGCAUCAAGUGACUGAGAGGAAGCAGACGGGGGAGCAGGAUGAACGGGCAGGGAGCCGGUGAGCAGGGCGUGUCCGCGGCGGCGGGGAAGGGGGUGAGGCUCGGCUCUGAACAUCUGACCGACUCUGGACUGCACUCAUCAGCUUGGCCCAUAGAGGUAGACACAGACAGAUCGACUGCCUCUUAAAGGGAAAUCUCACCCUAAGAACACUUGUUGAUGUCUUCAUGGUAACAGUUUCCUGUUCUCUCUUAUUCUCACUUCAUGUCCCGUCCUACGUGGAGACUGUGACAUGCAGCAAAGAAGAGGAACAGAUUAAACGUUCAUUGGGCCAUGAAGCUAUAAUCAUGGUGUGAUUUGCUCUUUCACAAGACUUUUGCUUUCUCCAACUACAGUCACUGAAACUGGAGUGUAGUUCAAGACACUCAAACCAAAUUCAGGCUUGGUCUCAGACGGAAGAUAAUCUGGGAGAUUAAGGACUUGACUAACACAAACAGAGAGGUGAACAAAACGACAAAACACUUUAUAGCCGUUUUCAGACAUGACCUCUGGAGAGCCCUCGCUCGAUUGGGUCCUGCCCCUUCACAAAUGAAAACCAAAGCAGGAGCUUCUCCGCUCAGACGUGUUGAGAACAUCCUCUCUGCAGCGCUCAGGUGAGGGGGGGGGG